CUUCGCAUUGACAUAUCUAAUAUCAUACCAAAAUCAAACAAACGCGCUUCUAAGGUGUGUUUGUUUAUGUCUAGAAAUCAGAUUGUUUAAGUUAAAUUGUAUAAGAAUAACUAUUAAAAAGUACACAUAUUGGAUAUGGGUCAAGGCAAAAGUCAAUUCACUGAAGAAGAACUACAGGAUUAUGAAGACCUGACAUAUUUCACCAAGAAAGAAGUGCUUUACGCCCAUCAAAAGUUCAAAGCCUUGGCCCCAGAAAAAGUAGGGCACAACAAAAAUGCUAAGCUGCCAAUGGCAAAAAUCUUACAAUACCCAGAGUUAAGAGUGAAUCCAUUUAGAGACAGGAUCUGCAAGGUCUUUAGCUCCAGCAAUGAUGGAGACUGUACAUUUGAGGAUUUUCUCGACAUGAUGUCUGUUUUCAGUGACAAUGCACCAAAGGCUGUCAAAGCUGAACAUGCCUUUAGAAUAUUUGAUUUUGAUGGUGAUGAUAUGAUAGGGGUCUCAGACCUUAGGGAAGUGAUAGAACGCUUGUGUGGACCCGAACUGAAACUCAGUGAUUCUGAGAUACAACAGUUAGUACAAAAUGUUCUAGAAGAAGCGGAUCUUGAUGAUGAUGGUGCAUUGUCAUUUGCAGAGUUUGAACAUAUCAUUGAUAAAAGCUCAGAUUUUUGCCACUCUUUCAGGAUAAGACUGUGAAGAAGCUCCAAUAAAUUUUGAUAUUAUUGUAUUUGAUAUUUAGUAGAAACAUAUAUAAUAAUCAACACUGUAUCUCUCACCUUCGAAAAUUAGAUUAAAUUUAUUCAAAUAUUUUAAAAUUUAAUGUUCUCAACAUUGUGAUGUCUUCCUUAGUUUAAUUAUUUUUCUUAGAUAAAUAUAUAAAUGUUUAUGAUCUUCUCAAUAUUUGUGUUGUGAUGUAUUUAAAAUUAUUUAUGAACUCGUACUUGAUCAAAACUGCCAAAUAUUUAAUAAGAUUUUAAUUUAUUUAGUGUUUAUGUAAUCAAUAAAUUUUUAAAACAAUA